CUCUCUUAUUCCUACUCAGACUCACCCAGUCGCGAAAAUGGACUCUGCCGUCUUGUCACCACCGCUUUCCACCCAUCAGAAAACAAAGCGCACACAGCGCCGCAAACGAUCGACUCGAGCUUGUCUGUCAUGCAGAUUCAGAAAGGUCCGCUGUGAUGUCUCUGUACGCGGUCAGCCAUGCACCAAUUGUCACCUCGACUGCAAGAAUUGUCUGGUGGUUGGACGCGCUUCCAGGCUAAAUCAGCAGGUACCAAGGAACGAGACAAGCUGGUCGCCCCAAGAUGAUUAUCAGGGGGACGAUCGGCAGCUGUCGGAGCAACUGGAAGACGACGAGGUUGAUGAAACCAAUAAUGCCAAUGACUCUGAACCUCCUCCCACAGGCACCGAGGCACUCGAUGACCACCCUGGGUUAUCCUUUCAUACACCCAGCCUCGACCCUGGUUUGUUGACAUUCGGUGAUACUAUCGACGACACUGCCUUCUUUGAAAAUCGCCUUGGCGACAACGAGACAGAGACCACAGAGAUACACUCGACGUCAUCUAGAUAUGAUGAUGGUCCACCCGUCAGAGAAACAAGCUCAUCAGAACAAGGUUCGACACAUAGUCUCAGGAUGACGGCUCCUAACAUUCCAUCUGCCCGGCCGGGCGCCCAGAGGACCAGCACAAGUACUACAGUGCUCUUCGUUCACUAUCCGUACCUGAGAGUUCACAACAUUCACACGAUUGCUCAGCAAGAUCUCAACUACAUGGAGGCUCAAGGAUGUUUACACGUCCCAAGUCGACCGAUUCUCGAUAACUUUGUUGAGCAAUAUUUUAGACACCACCAUCCUCUACUUCCGCUCCUCAAUGAAGGUGACUUUUGGGAAAUGUACUCUCAGAAGGAAUCCACAGGUCCUCAGGCCACCAUGUCACUUCUUGUGUUUCAGGCUAUGCUUUUUGCUAGUUGUAACUUCGUGUCUCUUCACAUCAUCAAGCAACUUGGUUUCUCGAGCCUUAGAACUGCUCGAGCAGAAUUCUACAGACGAACAAAGCUGUUGUACGAUCUAGGAUCGGAAACAUCGUCCCUCCCUCUAGCUCAAGCAGCCAUUCUCAUGAUGGGCUGGGUACCACCUUCGAACACGACCCUAAACCCCUACAAGACCUGGCUGAGCUUAGCCAUCCAGCACGCCAGAAGUAUCAACGCGGACCGAUACACAGAAGUGCCAGAGCUAAUAGAAAUUACAUCCACGAAACAGCGGAAAUACCAAAACUCUCUCCACCGCUUAUGGUGGUGCUGUGUCAUCAUGGAUCGUAUCUCGCCGCUCUGCACGCGUUUUAGUCUCCAUAUCACCCACGACCGUUUUGACUUCAAGAACACAAUCCUUUUGGGCGCCGAACACCUUCAGGACGACAUAUAUCGGUCGAGCGUAUUCACCCCGGCUACGAAACGGCGUCAAAUAGGCAUUUUCUCCAAGUUCCUUGAACUUAUGAUUCUUCUGACUGAUGUGCUUACCCUGACAUACCCGUUUGAGGACUCUGUUAAGUCCAAGUCACGAUUUGCCGAGGACGAAGACCUCGCCUUUGAGAAAUGUGAGGCCUCCUUGAAGGCCUGGUAUGUGAGAGUCUCGGCCCAGUUUCCUCCUUUUGAGAAUGAGCCCAAAGACUCUUAUGGAAAAGGAAAUGAUCAGGAGAAAUCCAUUGUGCUACAGACGAAUCUCAUGUACAUCUACUAUCACACUGCAUCCAUUGCACUCUGUCACUAUAAGAUACUUCGGCAGUCUCUCACAUCCGAUUCUGCGGGUGGAGAUACAGCAAGACCGGGGCGAAGUUUAAAACUCCAGCAAAGCUCAUUCGAGGUGCAAGAUGCUGCUCAGAAGAUCACGAAAUGCUAUGAGGAGCUUACCCGCCGUCGCUUGGCCCGUUGGCUCCCGAUAUCAGCGCUUGCUUGUCUAGCUACACCAUUGACGCUUCAUACCAUCACCGCGCGAUUAUCAUCGCUCAGUAAUGAGCUGUCAUGUAACGGAUCGGUGGAAGCCGGCUCAACUCCAGCAUCAAAUCAGGAUCGACUGAAAGUAUUAGUUGAGACCAUGAAUGCUUUCUUUCCCCAGUACUAUGGUGUAGAGUGGGUGAGACAGACAGCGAGACACGUUGCCAAUUUAGCCCAGAUUGACAGCCAAUGUCUAUUCCAAGCCAGCGGAAGUUCUUUGACAGACUGGAGUCAGAUUCUGAGAAGUCAGCCGAACAUGUACCUGAGAAUGAUCUGGACUGUCGAUGUCUGUAUCAGCAAAGGCAGGCAGCCGGAAGAAUUUGACUUCCCGGCAUGGCUACGCUGCUUGUUGAAGAGGAGCAAAGGAUCAAGGACCAGGCCGCGUCGAUUAUCGUAUACGACUGAACAAACUGCUAACCAAACAGGCCUCAUCGACGACGAUCUGCUGGCCUUUGUGACUGACCCCAAACUCUCUGCCGCCGAUGGGGAUAUCUUUGGUGAGCCAUUGCUAGAAAUGUUCGAUCCGCAGAAGCUCGGGAUAUCUUAUGAUCAACAGAGGAACGUGAUUGGUGUUGAUGGUAGCUCAUCUCAGGGGGGAGUAGAUAGAAUGGAUUGGGACUUGGUUGAAGCAAUGCAUGAUGCCACUGAGAACAUGCUGGAUCGGCUGGGUGCAGACUUCAUGGCUUGAGGUUGCCUUGGGGAGAACAAGGAAGAUUUUAAUGCUGUAUUCAAUACCACCAUUGAAACGAGCACGGUAACGUGGCAGAACUGGCAAAAUAACGAUCUUUAUGAUACAUUAUGAGAUUAUUCUUCAGGUUCUACAAGCAAAAGUACAGUCUAUAUAACAAUUCAAUCAUAUCAGGAACUCCU